GAGAGAGAGAGAGAGAGGCUGCUUGCUUUUGCUUUCCUUCUCCUCCUCGCCUCAUUCCUGCCUGUAUUUCCUUCCCUCCUCUCGGAGCCCCCUCCCCUUUCCCCCUCCCUCUUGUUUAGGGCAGAGAAGGGAGGGAGGCAGCGGGCAGGCAGGCAGGCAGGCAGCAGAGCUGGCUCCAGAGUGGAGGGGAGGAGGGUGGGAAAGCACGCCUGGGAAAGGCUGGGGAUUGCGGGCUGAGGCUAGGCCUCGCUCCCUGGAACUCCUAGCAACAGCAAGAGGGGAGAGUCUUUCCCCUCCUCCUCGCCCUUUGCUGCUGUUUCUCCCCCUCCCCAGUAGCCAAAGCUUGCAGGGGUUUUAAAUUCUCCAAAGCAAGGCUUGCAAAAAGAGAGAAGGGGAGGGGAAAAAAACCUCCCUUCAGGGAUAGGAAAAGGAGGAGCUGGUGGCUCCUGUAAGGAAGAGGCAAGAGAGAGAGGAGAUGCAUUCCCCCCCGUCCCUUGGAUUGCACGUUUGCCUGCCUGUUUUCUUUCCCCUGGUUAAUAUUUUCUUUCUGCUCUGCAAAGAUCCAGAGGAUUGAGAGGAGGAAAAGAAGAGAGAGAGAGAGAAAGGAAGGAAGAGAAGGAAGGAUUCCCUGCAGCUCCCUCCCUUUUUUCAUGGAGAGGCUCUUUCGUGAUUCAUUUCAGCAACUGCAGCCAGGCUCUAAAGGGAGGAUAUUCCGCAUGCAAGGAAAGCUGGAAGAGAGGUAGGAAACCCAGAACUUUGGAGGACAUUUUUUUGCAAAGGACAGAAAAGAAGCCCCCCUCCCCCCCCGGCUCAUUUAAGAACCUGAAUUCGAAAAAACUCAUUUUUGGGGAGUCCCCUCUGCCCCCGGGGGUGCUUUCUUCCUCGGCCAGAUUGUUUUAGUUAUUUAUUUUUAACCUUUCUUGGAAAACAACAUUGUCUGAUGGUAUUCCCCCACCCCUCCACCCCUUUUGGCUCUGUGUGUGUUUUAAAUUGACACCCCCUUUUAUUUAAUGCUUAAACUGGAAAUUUACAACAGUGCCGUCUUUUUUGUCCUUUUAAAUUUAUUUAUUCCUGAUUUGGAGGGGGAGACAAACCCCAGCUACCACCCCGACGAAGAAAAGCGGCUAACUGAAGGGAGAAGCUGAGUAUGCAUUGGAUGUGCUUUUCCUUUUUGGAGGGGGCGACUUAAAAAAAAAAAAAAAAGAUUGUGCGGAAGGCCAGAUAUUUUAUUUAGUCUGUUGUGUCUUUUUUGUCCUCCCGCUCUCUGUCCUUUGCCAACAGAAGAACAGCUGGUAAAACUGGAUUAUAAAGAUGUUUUGAUCUGUGUUUUGCAGCUAAGACUUUAAUAUUUGGAUGGAAAUCUGUCUCCAUUCCAGUUGGCUCCUCGGGUAGCCUUUAUAACCUUGAAAAAGUUUGCUUUCUUUCUUUUUUUGGAGAGGGAGAACAAUUAACGAGGAUUGUGGAAAAGCACAAAAUUUGGGGGAGAAGAAACAAAAUCCGCAAAGGCUGGGAACAAUGUCUGGAUAUAAACUUGGGAUGGACUUGCAGAUCCCAGGCUCUUGACUGCAGGAGGAAGUUGCUUUGUUUUCCUCCGUCUCUCGGAAAAUAACUUGCAGGAAGAUUUGCAGCUGGAAGGAUAUAUAGCAGCCAAAAACCCAGGGCCCCUACCCUGGUGUUCUGGGUACAGAGUCAAAUCAUGAACAUGAGGCCACCUCAGACCGCACUGGACAGACCGGCCAGUAAAAGGCACCCUCACCUGCCCAGGUUAAGUAGCUUGUCUUCGUUGGGCGACUCGGCUCCGGAACGGCGGUCUCCCGGUCACCACCGGCAGCCUUCAGACUCCAGUGAAACAACAGGCUUGGUUCAGCGGUGCGUCAUCAUCCAGAAAGACCAGCAUGGUUUCGGGUUCACGGUCAGCGGAGACAGGAUCGUCCUGGUACAGUCUGUUCGGCCAGGGGGAGCCGCGAUGAAGGCUGGGGUGCAGGAGGGCGAUCGGAUUGUCAAAGUGAAUGGGACGAUGGUCACCAACAGCUCCCAUCUGGAAGUCGUGAAGCUCAUCAAAUCGGGUGCUUAUGUCGCUCUCACCCUUCUGGGCUCCCCUCCUGCCUCGGUGGGGUUCUUGAGUUCCCAGCAGGACGGACACCCGACGGGGCCCCCUCAGAUAACGCCGGCGUGCCCUCCGCCGCCCCCUCCGCCCCCCCUGCCUCCUCCGCAGCGCAUCACCGGGCCGAAGCCCUUGCAGGAUCCAGAAGUCCAGAAACAUGCAGCGCAGAUUCUCCGGAACAUGCUGAGGCAGGAGGAGGCGGAGCUGCAGCGGCUUUACGAGGUGUACAGCCGGAAUCCCGCCUCUCCGAUCGAAGACCAAAUCGAAGGAGCUCACCGGAGAGUCAGCCAGCUGCAGCUCAAGAUCCGGCAGGAGACGGGGGGAUCUUUGGAAUCCACCCGGCCGUCCAGUGAUUCCAGCUCCAUCAAUUUCCGGGCGACUGAUGGGCGCCUCUCCAUGGACUCGCAGGACGGCGACAGCGGGCUGGAUUCGGGCACGGAGCGCUUCCCUUCCGUGAGCGAGAUCUCCUUGAACCGCAACUCGGUUCUCUCCGACCCCGGCCUGGACAGCCCCCACACCUCGCCCGUCAUCACUUCCAGGGUGUUCCAGCGCCAUCGGCGGCAGGGCUCAGAUGCGGCUUUCGCCUCCACCGUAGACCAGGAUUUAGACCGAGCAUCAAGACCGCUCAUCAUCGGCCCAGAGGAAGAUUACGAUCCUGGGUACUUUAACAAGGAGUGUGAUUCCCUCUUCCAGGACUUGGGGAAGCUGAAAACGCGGCCGGCUCACCUGGGGGUCUUCCUGCGCUACAUCUUCUCUCAGGCAGACCCAAAUCCUCUGCUGUUGUACUUGUGUGCAGAUGUUUACCAGCAGAUGAACCCCAAGGAAGCUCGGGGACUCGGGAAGGACGUCUGGCACAUUUUCUUGGAGAAGACGGCGCCUCUGAGAGUCAAGCUCUCCGACCAGCUCUUGGCUGAAAUCGACUCUCGUCUGCGGAAUGGGGAGGACGUCCGGAGCGCCUUCUUGGAGGCCCAGGAAGCUGUCAUGCCCGAGAUCCAGGAGCAGAUCCAGGAUUACCGGACAAAGCGAACCAUGGGGCUGGGGAGCUUAUAUGGGGAGAAUGACCUGAUGGAUCUGGACGGAGACCCCCAGAAGGAACGGCAGGUGGCCGAGAAGCAGAUUGCUCAGCUCGGGGACAUCCUAUCCAAAUAUGAAGAAGACCGGAGUUCCCCCAUGAGCUUUGCCUUGAACACCUACAUGAGCCACUCGGGGAUCCGGACCCGGGAAGCCCGCCCAGCCAGCGUUGUGGAAAAGUCGCAGUCCCAGGAGAAGGACAAAUGGCUUCCGUUCUUCCCCAAGACCAAGAAGAGCAGCAGCACAAAGAAAGACAAGGACGUGAUGGAGGACAAGAAACGGAACCCCAUCCUCAAGUACAUCGGGAAGCCCAAAAGCUCCUCCCAGAGCACAUUUCAUGUCCCCUUGUCCCCUGUCGAAGUUAAACCUGGCAACGUGAGGAACAUCAUCCAGCACUUUGAGAACAACCAGCAUUAUGACUCCCCGGAGUCCGGCAUGCAGCGUCUCUCCACCGGCAGCUUCCCCGAAGACCUUCUGGAGUCGGACAGCAACAGGGCCGAAGUCAAGCUGGGCCGGUCAGAGAGCCUGAAGGGCCGGGAGGAGCUGAAACGGUUGCGGAAAGCAGAGAAUGUGCCUCGAUCCCGGAGCGACGUGGACAUGGACGCUGCUGCCGAGGCCACCCGGCUCCAUCAGUCGGCAUCCUCCUCGGCGUCUAGUCUUUCUGCCAGGUCCCUGGAAAACCCCACGCCGCCCUACACGCCCAAAAUGGGCCGCAGGAGUAUCGAAUCCCCAAACCUGGGCUUCAGCAUGGAUGCCUUCCUUCCCCACCUCCUGGAGGACGACCCCGGCCAGCUCUCUGACCUGGAGUCGGAGCUCGAUUCCCAGAACUGGCAACACACGGUGGGCCGUGAUGUGGUGGCGUAUCUCCCCCAGCGGGAGAUCGACCGCCAGGAAGUCAUCAAUGAGCUGUUUGUGACAGAGGCCUCCCACCUGCGGAUCCUGCGUGUCCUGGACGUCCUUUUCUAUCAGCGGAUGAGGAAAGAGAACCUGCUUUCUCGCGAGGAGCUGGCCCUGCUCUUCCCCAACCUUCCUGAGCUGAUAGAGAUCCACAAUUCCCUGUCGGAAUCCAUGAAGAAGCUCCGCGAGGAAGGGCCGGUGAUCAAGGAGAUUGGGGACCUCAUGCUCUCUCGGUUUGAUGGUCCGGAGCGGGAGGAGAUCCAGCAAGUGGCAGCUGACUUCUGUGCCUACCAGUCCACGGCCCUGGAGCUGAUCAAAACCAAGCAGCGGAAGGAGACCCGCUUCCAGCUGUUCAUGCAGGAAGCUGAGAGUAACCCCCAGUGCCGGCGCCUCCAGCUCAAAGAUCUCAUCAUCUCAGAAAUGCAGCGUCUGACCAAGUACCCGCUGCUGCUGGAGAACAUCAUCAAGCACACCCAUGCAGAGACGCUGGAACACAAGAAGCUGUGCCGGGCCCGUGACCAGUGCCGGGAGAUCCUCAGGUACGUGAACGAGGCAGUGAAGCGGGCGGAGAACCAGCACCGCCUGGAGGCCUACCAGAAACGCUUGGAUGCGACCUCGCUAGAGCGCACCAGCAACCCACUGGCAGCGGAGUUCAAGAACCUUGACUUCCGGAGCCGGCGCAUGAUCCACGAGGGCCCACUGAGUUGGCGCAUCAGCAAGGAUAAGACUGUGGAUCUGCACGUCUUGCUGCUGGAAGAUCUUUUGGUGCUCCUCCAGCGACAGGACGAGAAACUGGUGCUGAAGUGCCACAGCAAGACGGCGCUGGGCUCCUCCGACACGAAGCAGACGUUCAGCCCCAUCCUCAAGCUCAACUCUGUGCUCAUCCGCUCCGUGGCCACAGAUAAGCGCGCCCUCUUCAUCAUCUGCACUUCAGAAUUGGGGCCUCAGAUCUAUGAGCUGGUUGCUCUGACACCGUCGGAGAAGAACACGUGGAUGGAGCUGUUGGAGGAUGCUGUGAAGAGUGCCACUCGGAAUGCCACUUCCCCUCCCAAGCAACCCUCAGCGGGGCUUGCUUUUCACCGUCCGGCACCCACGAGUCUGAUGCUGCAGGAUGCUGACAUCUCCCCAAACCUGACCCAGGGAAAUGGCGCCUCCGGACACGAAGCAGAAGAGGAAGGGGCUUCUGAUGAUACCCCCACUGAAGUACUAGCUGAGGAGAAACAUCCAGUGCUGUUGGAAGAGUUGGAGGUUGAAGGCAACGAGGAGGAGACAGAGGAGCAGACACCCGCCGGGUUGUUGCCCUCUGUGGAGACAGAGGCGUUGCCUCCAGAGGAGACGCCUGGACCCAGCCGACAGCUCCAGUUGCUUCAAGAGCCCGUAUUUGCAGAAAGUUUGGCUGAAUCAGCUCUGGAGGAUGUGGAGACCCUCCGCCACCUCGUCCUGCGUAGCUUUCUACCCUGCCGAGAGCCUGACCCCGAAGAGGACCUGACCCCGACGCCAUCUGUGGUUGGUGCCAACCAGCACUGGGGCUCAGCGCCGACCAGCCAGGACUCAGGAAGCCAAGAGCAGCCCCUCGAGUCUGCCAAGGGCUGCGACCCCACAGAGGUCCCUGGGCGUUCCUCAACAGACUUGGAGUGUAGUGCAGCCAGGCCCAAGGCCCAGAGCACGGGGGCAGCGGAGGGGAUGGAGCCCUGCUGGUGCGAGAACCCAGGGGAGCCUCCCGUAAGCCAGGCGGGCUCCCAGGAGACAGAGCAGCCCCCAGCUGCCGAGGGGCCAGGCAGCUACAAAGUUGUGCGGAAAGCUGAGGUGGCGGGAACUAACGGCGCUCUACCUUUGCCAGAGGGCAGCCAAUCAGAAACGGACGCUGGAGAAGCAGAGCAUGUGGAUGGAAACUACUUCUACGUGAGCCUGCCGGCUAGUUCCGGGGAAUCCCAGACAGAUGCUCGGAGCCCCAGCCUGGUGGGGCCAGCCGGUCCUUUCAGCCCGCAGAAGAGCCCGCCUCUUGCCAGGCUGCCCCACAGCUCCCAGGGGCACGCCGAGGAGGAACACCCCCCACCCCCCGGCUGGACUGGCGACCUCCCAGGCCCGGGGCCCCCAGCUCUCUCCCCCUCCAGCCAAGGGGCUCCGGACGUGGACGUCAUCUUCCGGGUGAUGGAGCAGCUCAAACUGAAGCUGACCAGACUAAAGGAUGUCGAGACGGCCCAUCAGCAGCUCGUCCGGUCGCUGAGCAGAGGCUCUUCUGCGGACACCACCCCUGUGGGAAACCCACCGCCAGAGCUGAGCGGAUCGGCACCGCCGGAGAGCCCACCACCGUCGGAAGCCAGCCACGACCCUUGGCCCUCUUCGGCAGUUGAGCCGGGGGAAAGCGCCCUCUCUGAAGACAGCCACCCAGAAGUGACCCUUUAGGGAGAGGGGUUUUCUCAAAGGAAGGCUGACCUGCCCGCGGGCUGGAGCUCCCUCCUCUUCCUUGGCCGCUUGGGCGCCUCCUUCCGUGUGUCGGGACGAGCCGGUUCAAACCGAGGAGGAGGGAGCAAGCCGGAAGUGGAGCCACCGGUGCGAGGGAUGGCAAAGCCGAGGAGGAGAAACUGGGCCGCUUUUUCUUUGGGGAGGAGAGCGCACGUGGGCUUAAUUUAAACUGUUGGAUCAAGAAUAUCUGGAGCUCUCCUGUCAGGGACUUCCGAGGGUGGGCAGGCCGAGCGGAAGACCGCCAGGCCCCAGCACCACCUCGAGGGGCGAGGCCCCGCUCUCUGCCCGCCGGGAUGUUCCAUUUGGAAGGCUGGGCCCUGCAGACCGGCGUUUCCACUGUACAGAAAAGCUGGAAUAUACUCUGUAUAAUUGCACUUUUUGGUUUGUGUUCUCCCUCUCCGUGCUGCGUAAAGCCACACCGGGAGAGGACCCAGCUGCUUCCAGACCUUUUUAUUUGAUAUAAAUAUGUAUGUAUGUGCAUUGGUUUAUUUGUAAAUAUAAUGCUAGACUGGUUGGUUGGUUCGUUGUUCUUUAGUUUUGCCCUCGUACCCUGACUGAUCUCUAGGAAAUCAAAAAGGCCGUGACCACUGGAACUGACGGGGGCAGAGUGGGGAGGAGGGACCCCUGGCCGCCCCUGCAGCUGUGGGUCUGGCCGACGUUGCCCACGCCGCAGAGCAAGGAGCCCGGAGGUGCCGGUCGGUUCCCCACGCCCCCCCCUUGGGACAGGAAGUGAUGUCUUCUGCUUCGGCAUUGGCUUCUGGGAGAUGGACUCAGCAUCUCAGGCCUGCCUUGGAAACGGAGCCCAGACAGUCGGCCUCUCUCCGGUGGUCUGGAGGGGCUUGCCCGGAUUGCUGCUGCUGCCCCACCUCUUGCAGCUGUGUGGGAAAGAGCAGGACCCGAGAGCAAGGCGGGGAUCAUCUGCCGGCAAGCAGGGGACCCUGGAGCUGGAUGUGCCAAGCCACUGGAGGCCCGACAGUCUCCUGUUCUCGGGCUGACCCUGGUUUGGGCCCCAUUCUCGCAGCACCCACCCGCCCCCAGAAUUCAUCCCACAUACUGUUCCAGGCAUAUGAUGCAUAGAAGAGAGAGAGAAAGAGAGAUGAUGAUAUAUGUAAUUUUAUAUAUAUGAUUAUAUAUGUAAUCAUAUAUAUAUGAUUAUAUAUAAAAAUUAUAUAUAUAUAUAUAUAUAUAUGAUUAUAUAUAGAAUAUAUAAAAAAGAUGCCUGCUCUUUGCGGUUCGAUGCGCUCAAAGCCAAUUUUAUUUUCUUCCUUUUAAUGGUAAAAGAUUUUUUUUAAAGAAAAGAAAAAUUAAAAUAUUGUUCAAUCUCCA